AUGUCGAUAAAUCAACUUUCUAUUUCAUCAUCAUCCAUGCCUCUUGGACAGUCGCAAACACACUCACAGAUAUCUUCCAAUGGUAAUCCCACUUCAACGAUAAAUACACCUUUGAAACCUAUAAAGAGCGAAAGCGGAUUCGAGUUUCCUGCUAUAUGGAGUUUCCCGCCUUUCUUCACAUUACAGCCGAACCCAUCUACUUUGAAUCAUCAAUUAGAACUUUGGAGAACAUUAGUUUUGAAAUGGGCGAAAUACGAAAGAGUGUUCGAGGUCAAUGUGGAUAGUAUUGAGAUACCUGCAGUGUUUGAGAAUAAGAGGAUAAAACGUAGAUUGUUACCUCCUUCUAUGAGACGAUUAUUCCAGGAGAUGAUAAAGAAUGGCGAAGCUGCUCCGGAUCCACCUAAGCAGGAUGCAAAGUUUUUGAUAUAUUGGAAAAAACCUGAAGAAUGGGGAGAUCUUAUAUAUACCUGGGUGAUGGAUAACGGCUUGAAUUCUAGUAUAAUGACAUUUUAUGAGAUAACGGAUGGAGACCUGUCACAUACGACUGAAUUCUACGAGUUACCGACAUCGAUACUACGCAAGGCACUUGAAAGUCUGGUGAGAAGGGGUAAAGCUCAGUUAUUGGAAGGUAAAGGUGAGAUCGGAGAGGGUGUAAGGUUCUUGUGA